ACCUUCUUCAAAAGCCAUAUAGGUCAAACAUAAAUAUAGCCAGCCUAUCAGUCCCUUGGGUAAGAUCCUCUUCCUUACCUUACGAAUGACCAAGACAUGAGCCCGUAGCCGCAUUUUCCAUUCAAUCUAGUUGCUGGGAACUAAAUGACAAUACGGGCGACCUGGUUCUCAGUGUUUCUGUAUAAUCUGAGCGCUCCCCGUGGUUAAUUGCCUUUCCUUAUGGCUCAUGAUUCGACUCAGCGAUGAUAGUUUGGGAGCCGUACACAAAGCAAGCCCUGCCCUACGGAAUGGCGCAGAAUACAAAUUUGACCUGCAAUGUCACGCACUAAAGAGGGAGAGAUCGUGCGUGAGGGGGGUAAUUCGCCGUUUGUUUUGUGCAUUACUUUACAUCUCAACAUUUAGGGGGAAAAACUGGGGCAUCCUUCCGUAAGGUAUAUCGACCUUUGAUAUCUCUCAGACACACGGAGAAUCGUACGUAGGAACUGGCCACGAUGAAGGGAGCGAGGAGAUAGGAUACGGACAUCUCUUUCCCCGGGCGAUGAUGCAAAAGCCGCCGCAGCAUCUCCACUGGAUUAAGGGGAGGAUCCAAUUCCAACAAGCCUUCGAUCGGACACAGCCGUUACUGAAAUUACAGCAUUAAUGACAGCUAUCAAAUGGACAGUAGGAUUAGUGUUAACCGAGUGAAAAAACCACUUAGUGAAAGACGCCGAUCAGCCGAUGAUUCAGGGAAUUCAUUAAGAAAGCAAAUGGACAACAUUUGAAGGAACAAAUACAUAUCAGGGCAGAGUAGUGGUACCCUUCACUGGGUUUUACCUCCUCCUUCGACCUUGCCCAGAUUUGUGAAUGGUCACGAAACGGAAAGGAAUGCAUUUUUUCUAAGAAAAAUCUUUAAAGAAACAUUAACCCAGACCAGCGUCUCAACCUGUAUUCUCUUACCGGGGAAACCAUUUAUUUCAACUUCAACGUAGGAUACAAUCGCCGCAUAGUGAAAUCAGGAGAGAGACUUUUGCAUGAGCCGCGGAAAUCAGGGCACCUUAUGCCGCGAAACAUUGCGGUCCUUGCCGGGGAGCUAGGAGGUACCGAAGUAUCAGCUGCGGUAAACCUCUAUGGAGAGUCGCUGCUUGGGGCAGGGUGUUUGAUUUGACCGAAACCUUGGACUGAACGUGGGAACGGAGGGAGAAAAAAUCAGUUUGGGAAGUUUUAAUGCAUAUGAUCACCUCCGCGAUGAUCUUUAUGAUUCUGGGGGCUGCAAUGGUGAUGGCGAUAGCGUGUUUAAUGGACAUGAACGCGCUACUGGAUCGCUUUCACAACUAUAUCUUACCGCAUUUACGAGGAGAGGACCGCGUCUGUCAUUGCAACUGUGGAAGGCAUCACGUUCACUAUGUGAUUCCUUAUGAUGGGGACCAGUCUCUGGUGGACUCAUCCGAGAACUACUUUGUGAGUGAGAGUGUGACCAAGCAGGAGAUGGACCUGAUGUUAGGCUUGCUGUUGGGCUUCUGCAUCAGCUGGCUGCUGUUCUGGCUGGAUGGGGCUCUCCACUGUGCCAUGCGAGCCUGGAGGAGCAGCGGACCGUACGAUGGACCUUCUUGGACAUGGAUCCCGCGGUUCUGCAGUCUCCGAGAGCUGCGCAGGGGUGCAGAGUUGGGCCAGCUAGAGGACUCCAGCGGAAACAUGGUGCACAUUAAACAGAAGCUCUAUCACAACGGGCACCCAAGCCCCCGCCAUCUGUAACUGUCAGGCUCCCCCACCUCUGAGGAGUUACUUCUGAAGCCCUUGACAGGACCUGCCGAAGCCUCAGACCAACUUGGACACUUUUUGAUGGCCUGGAUGACGGCAGAAGCUUCUCAAAUGACUUUUUGACACACAGGCUUACCUUACGUCUGUCCAUUGUACUUGGAAUGGGCUUGUUUUUUUAACUUUUUUUCAAAGAGGGGUCUUCUGUACAUACAUUGUUCGUGCCUGGUGUUUAAAAGUGUGCUCAUAUUAGCAUACUAGAGGGGAGGUUUUAUACAUUGGGCAGAGAAAGUGGAGUACUGGAGGAAUGUUUCUGGGGUCAUUUUAAGAAAAUGUGCCAUGGUGGACUGUUGCAGACAGGAAAGGAGAUGGGAAGAAGGGGUUACGGGACAGGGGAACGUGUGGGGGAACGUGUGGGGAAAUGUAUGUGAAAUGAAAGUAAUAGACUACAGGGAAAAUCAAAAUUAAACAAGAGAUUGUUGUGUAUAGUGUAGAUAAUUAGGUUUGCUAUAUUGUGACUGAAUGAAUUUAUUUAAUUUUAUUUGUAUGUAUUGUGGGGGUUGAGUGUGGUACACAGAGUUUUCUGCAUUAAUUAAGCAUUCAUACAUAUAGAAAGCAAAGGAAGUCGGGGGGCAUGUAUUUUGGUUCUUCCCUACUGUUGUCACAGCCCCAUUGCAGAAUGCUCUGAAAUAUUCACAUCAUACCAGCAAACGGCCAAUCAGCCAAUCUCAUACCUUCCUCUUUUGUCCAGACAUUGCUGUUGUGAGGAUAAAAUGUUCGUUUUAUUAAAAGUGCAGAUGAAGCGUA